GAUCGCAGAGCAGGAAGUGGUUGGUCAGUGUCCGUCUAAGGGAGGUCAGAGGUCACACACACUCCAAACCGGGAGACGAUGGAGGAGCCGGGAGAUUUGAAAUGAGGUUUAAGUGGAUGCCGACCACGCUCGCGUAGCAAUGACGCAGGGGGUGGAGCUUGGCCGGGAUUGGCUUGCUCUGCAGAGGGAGCUGCAAAACUCUCUAGAGGCUCAGAAGCGACAAGCGGUGCUGGUGGAGAAGCUGCAGGCGAAGGUUCUACAGUACAGAAACCGUUAUCAGGAGCUGCAGCAGACUCAGGAGUGGAAUCUGAGCCGCGGAGAAUCGGAGCUGGAGAACGCUCUGCAGAGGUUGGAAGAGGAGCAGCAGAGGUCUGAGAGUCUGGCUGCGCUGAACUCGUUACUCAGGGAAAACCUGGAACGCACGCAGGAAGCCAAUGGCAUUCUGGCGGAAGAUAUCCACAAGCUGACAGCUGACUGGUCUAGCGCCCUGCAGGAACUGAAGCGGAAGGAAAGCGAUUGGGAGUCUGAGAGGGGUCUGUACAGCAGCCGCAUACAGGGUGAGCAGGCUCGUCUCCUGCGUCUAUGGACAGAGGUGGUGACGUUUCACCGCCAUUUUCGGGAGCUGAAGACUGCCACCGAGAGGGAUUUAUCUGCGGUUCGGGCUGAUUGGACAAGAUGCAUCCGCCUUCUUCAAACUUCGUGUUCUUCUGUAAUCUCUUGGAAGUUUCAGGGUCCAGAGAGAGAAACUAAGCCCCCAAACUAUCUGAUAGUUACUUGGGAUCAUGGUCUGGAGUCGGUAGAUGUGACUGGUCAGGAGGACAAGGCAAAGAUGGAGAUGGAAAUGAAGGGAGUAGACACAUCGCUUGCGACAUUUAGGCAAGCAGAACAUUCAUUGAGAUCACCAGCUGAGACACUGCGACAGGAGGUAGAAACUAAAAGUACACAUGUACAGACGUUAGAAUUGGAGCUUAGGACUCUCAAGUCACAACUAGAGACAGAAGAACAGAAAGCAAGGGUAAUAAAGUCACUGCUUCAGUCAGCAGAACAGGAAGCAAGGGUAAUGAAGUCACAGCUUCAGUCGGCAGAACAGGAAGCAAGCCUGAUGAAGGCACAGCUUCAGUCGGCAGAACAGGAAUCAAGCCUGAUGAGGUCACAGCUUCAGAUGGCAGAUCAGGAAGCAAGCCUGAUGAGGUCACAGCUUCAGACGGCAGAUCAGGAAGCAAGUGUGAUGAAGGCACAGCUUCAGACGGCAGAUCAGGAAGCAAGCGUGAUGAAGGCACAGCUUCAGACGGCAGAUCAGGAAGCAAGCGUGAUGAAGGCACAGCUUCAGACGGCAGAACAGGAAGCAAGCCUGAUGAGAUCACAGCUCCAAUCAGCAGAACAGGAAGCAAGUGUGGUGAGGUCACAGCUCCAAUCAGCAGAACAGGAAGCAAGUGUGGUGAGGUCACAGAUUCAGUCAGCAGAACAGGAAGUAAGUUCAUUGAAAUCACAGUUGGAGGCAUCCCAGCAGGAAGUAACGUCACUUAAGUUAAACGUUGAGUCAUCGGAACAGGAAAUAGAAUCAAGUAGACGUCACAUUGAAGAGCUAGAACAGGAAGUGUGUACAGUGAGCUCACAGCUUAAAGGGAGUUUUUUGGAGGUAGAGCAUCUUCGGGCCCAUCUGAAGACUUACGAAAAUGAGGAAGAGUCUCGAUUUCAGAAAAAGGAGCAAGAAUUGCGUGGCAGCCACCAGCGAUCGCUUCAUACUAUAGAGACCGAGCGAUCCGACCUGCUCCAUGAUUUGACGCUACUACGGGAGGAGUUGCUGAGCUCGCGCCUGCAGUCCGACCUGUCCGGUGAGGAGAACUCAGGAUUACAGAGUGCUCUGCACAAGGCCGAGAAAGAGGUCGUGGAGCUGCAGUUAGAGCGGAGCCGGCACAGGGCAGAGGUAGAAGAUCUGCAAGAUGCAGUGGCCAAGAUGGGGGACUUAAACAGGGCCUUGUCUCUGGAUAAAGUAGAACUGAAUAGUCUGCUGCAGCAGAAGGAUAAAGAAAUAGAGUCUACGAGAGAGAGCCAUGAAGAGUUAGAGAGACAGCUCAUUGCAGCCCGUCAGCUGCUGCAGCAGAGCGAGGCCGAGCAGAGAGCAGAGAUUGCCAGGGGACAGCUCUUACUGCAAGACAGCGAGGUGGCAAGACAGAGCGCGGAAACUGAGCUGAGAUACAUCCGGGGAGAGAGAGACCGACUGCAGGCCGAGCUGAGGAGACAGGAGAGGGGUUAUUUGGAGAAGGAACAGGACAGGUUGUCGCAGGAUGCGGAGAAGUCUACUCUGAGUAUACAGCUUGGAGUUACCGAAAGAGAGUGCCAAGAGCUGAGGGAGAAGCUGAACGACAUUCAGUCCAUGAAACAGUCUCUGGAGGACUCCCUCUUUGCAUCUCAAGAACGAUCCUCUCAGCUGGAGAUCAGGUGUAGUCAGCUAGAGAUGCAAGUGGCAACAGUCACUCAGUCCAAGAAUACCGUCCAAGAUGAGGUCUCCCUCCUCUACGCCGAACAGGAAUCCUCACAGAAGCGAUUUCUCGCCCUUUCUCAGAGGCUCUCUGACCUGGAAGAGGAGCACACGGCAGAGAGAUCGCGGAGAGAGGAGCUGAACCUGAAAGAAUUGGAUACUCUUAGAGAGCAUCUUCAGGAAGAAAAGUCCCUGAGACAGGCUGCCGAGGGCCAAGCAAAGGACAUGGAAAGAGAAAGACAGCUGACAGAGCAACUUCAGUCUGAAUUGGUAGUAGUAACCCUCUCUUUGGGACAACUAGAGCGAGAAAUGUCCGAGCUGAGAGACAGUCUGAGAAACAGCCAGUGCGAGAAAGAGACUGCUUUAGAAAACUUAGAGCGCCAAACUCUUAUGAAGAGUGAACAGGACCGUCAAAUGGAGAUUUUAAAACAGUCCUUAAAGGAGUGCACGGAAGAAAAAGAGAGUGCCGUCACUGCACUGGCAGACCAGGCUGUUACUUUAGAAGAGAGAGAGGGACAGAUUACAGAGCUCAGAAGGAAUAUCCAAGAGUGCAGCAGGGACAAGGAGAGCGCUUUAACCUCUGUGGCCCAAAUCCGCUUGACUGUACAAGAAAGAGAGCGUGAAAUCAAGACUCUUAGAGAGAGCACGCUGCAGUGCCAGCAGGCGCAAGAGACAGCCGCUGCUGCUUUACAGGCUCAGAUCCAGAAAUUCACCGAGAUAGACAUGCAGCUGGAACGCAUGGCUAAGCGUCUGGAAGAAAGUGAAAUACUGAAAGAGAAUGCACUGAAGGGAGAACACAAAAGCAGUCUACUGGUGGCAGAACGAGAGCAUGAAAUAGAUGCUCUGGAAGAUAAAAUAAGAGCAAUUCAGCAAGAAAAAGAGACAGUCUUGGAACAGCUGUCUCUUGCAACUGCAAAGUCAGAGCACGAAGAGUCAGCUCUGCGGCAGAGUCUCAGGCAGUGUCAAGCAGACCAAGAGGCCACAGUUAAUGCACUACAACAACUUGUAGGAGAGCGGGAUAAAGAAAUAGAGACAUUAAGAGUUUCCCUAAAGGAACACCAGACGGAAAUGGAGAGCGCACUGGAAGAAGUGUCCCAUCAGCGGCUGAUGUUAGAAGAAAGAGAAACUCUGAUUGAAUCCUUAAGAGUGAGACUUGUGGAGUGUGAGUUAGAGAAGGACCACCUGGCUUUAAAACAAAAAGAGGGUGAAGAAAAUGUUGUAAAAUUAAGUGAGACUCUCCGACAGUAUAUGGCGGAAAAAGAGAAAUCUCUCAGCUUUGCGCAGUCUCAGGCUGAAUGGUUGAGCGAGAGAGACGGCGAGAUAAAAAUGUUGAAGGACAAUUUAUUUACAAUUCAAGAUGAAAAAGAAACUGUUCUUAAUGAUCUAGAGUUCCAGAAAAAGACCUUAAAGGAGAAGGUUGAAGCUUACGUCUUGCUGCAAGAAACUGCCCUAGACUGCCAGCAGGAAAAUGAGCGACUGCUGCUGGUUACCGAGCAGCAGAAGAAAGAGAUUACGGGCCUUGCAGAGAACCUGUUGAGAUGCCAAAGAGAGAGUUCUACAACAGAAGCCAUGCUAGAGCGCCUGGAGUCUCAGAAAGAAACUACAGAGAGACAGGCAAAAAUGGAAGAAACUCUCCUGAGGGAAAGAUUGUCUGAAUAUUCUCAGGCAUUAAACAAAAAAGAAAAAGAAGUUGAAAUCUCGGAGAAAGAGCUUGAGAGAGAGCGGUAUGCCCUAAAUGAGAAACUAGAAGCGCUUGGAAAAGAGAAUGAGAGAGAAUUAAUGGAGAACAGGGAUUUUCAGAGGAAAAAUAAAGAUCUGGAGAAGAGGCUUUCUGAGGCCCUAAAAGACAGACAAUUGGUUGAGGAACAAAGGGAAGGAGACACUAGGGAUUUGAAAGAGAGAUUAGAACAGGUCUCCCGGGCUUUACUUGGGAAGGAGGCUGAGGUAGGGGAUGUAAGAAUGCAGUUCAAUAGACAGAACAGGGCUUUAAGUGAGCGAGUCACAGAGCUUUCACAAGUUCUGAAAGAGAGAGACAUUCAGGAACGAGAGAGCAUCACUAAAUUACACCAGCUGAGGAGAGAAAUAGAGGAGCUUCAACAUCUCCAACUAAAUAGGGAGAGAGAGGCAGAGGACGAGAAGAUCCAGAGCAAUAGGGAGAUUUUGACGUUAAAGCAGAAGAUAGCAGAGCUUUCCCAAAUGCUCAUAGACCGCGAUAACCAGUAUGACGAGAGAGAAAGACACGUGAAAGGUCUGCAGAGGAGAAUAGAGGAGAUCAGCCAGGAUUUCAUUGAAAAUGAGACAGCCCUGAAUGAGAGACUUGAAUUGCUUGGAAGAGCUUUGAAAGAAAAGGAGAGGCAGUGUGAAGAAGAGAUGAUGGAUAAAAAGAGUCUGAAGGAAAGAGUAUUGAAACUUUCCCAGGAUUUUAUGGGGAAGGAAAGAGAGUUGGAUGUGGUCAAAGAUCAGAUGAAAUCUCUAUCUGAAAAAAUAGGCAAACUCCGAGCAGACCUCAUAACGAAAGAAGAAGAGCUAAAGAAUAAGGAGAUACGUAGUGAAGAAGAAACGUCAUUGCUGAGGCAGAAGGUAUCUCUGCUUUCCCAAACUCUCUCAGAGAAGAAAAUAGAAACAGAAGAGAAGGAAGUGGAAAUUAAAUACCUGAGGGAGAAGAUAGGAGAACUUAGACAAGUUCUGAUGGACAAGGAGCGAGGGAUAACGGAAAAAGAACAUCUUAUUGAGCUAGAGAAAAAAUAUCAGCAACAGAGAGAAUCAGAACUUUCUCAAGCUGUAAGAGAACAUAAACAAGAAUUGGAGGUCAAACAGCUGGAAAUUAAAUCCUUGAGAGAGAGGAUAACAGAACUUGGUGAAGUGUUGGUAGAGAAAGCGCAAGAGAAUGAUGAAGAGGUGAGACGGAGCCAGGCAGAAAAAAAUGCCCUGAGGGAACAAAUUAUAGAAUGUUCCCAAGCUUUAACAGAGAUGACGCGAGAAGCGGAGGUGGCUAUAACUGAGAUGAAAAUAUCGAAAGAAAAGGUGGAAGAACUUCAAGGAAAUCUUAUCGCAAAGGAAAAAGAGAUGGAAGAGAGGGAGGGAGAGAUUACAGAAGAGCUGGCAUUUCAGAGACAGAGAUUUGCAGAACUUACCCAGUCUCUAGUGGGGAAAGAGAGAGCGGAGAAUGAAAGAGACAAAAUUAUACGGGAACUUAGACAAGUCCUGAUAGACAAGGAACAGGAAAUGAGCGAAGGGGAAAGACAGAAUGAGGAUGGAAAGGCAUCCAUGAUGAAGAAACUGGCAGAACUUUCUUGGUCGCUAACGCAGAAGGAGAAAGAAGUGGAUGAGACAAAGUUGGAGAUGAAAUCCCUGACAAAAAAGUUAGGAGAACUUAGACAGAUGCUGGCUGAUAAGGAGGAAGAGGGGAAAGUAGAGAAAAGAGAGAGCGAGGAAGAGAAGAAAUCUCUGCUGCAAAGAGUGAAAUAUAUUUCCCAUGCUCUCGUAGAGAAAGAGAAAGAAGUUGACAAGGCCAACCUUGAAGUGAUUUCACUAAGAGAGACCAUAGAAGAACUUAGACAAGCCCUAAUGGAUAAACAGCAGAUACUGACUGACAAGGAGGAAGAGGGAAAAGAGGAAAAGAGACACAGUGAGGAAGAGAAGAAAGCUUUUCAGCAAAGAGUUACUGACCUUUCCCUGGCUCUUGUAGAGAAGGAACGAGAAGCUAAUGCGAUGAAAUUAGAGCUGAAAUCUCUAGCAGAGAAUCUAGAAAUACUUAGGAAAGUUAUCAUCGAUAAGGAGAAAGAAUUAGAAUUAAAAGAGAGCAAACAGAGUGAGAACGAGAUUAAAUAUCUGCAGCAAAGACUGACCGCUGUUUCCCAGGCUCUUGUAGAGAAGGAGAGAGAAGCUGUUGAGUCAAAUAUGGAGAGGAAAUCACUGAGCGAGACAAUAGAAGAACUUAGACAAGCAUUAGUAGAUAGACAGCAGGAGAUGGCUGAGGAGAAGAGACACAAUGAAGAAGAGAAGUCCAUGAGUGAUAGAGUGAAGGACCUUUCCCAGGCUUUAGUAGAAAAGGAACGAGAAGCGGAGAAGACAAGGUUAGAGAUGGAAUCUCUUCAAGAGAAGAUCAGAGAACUAAGACAAGUUUUCCAAUUCAAGGGUCAGGAAAUUAAGGAUUACGAAAGACAGUAUGAGGAAGAAAAGAAAGCCCUGAAUAAGAGACUGGCAGAACUUUCUUGGUCUCUGACACAGAAGGAGAAAGAGGCUGAUGAGACAAAGUUUGAGGUAAAAUCCCUGAGAGAAAAGUUAGGAGAACUUAGACAAGGGCUGGCUGAUAAGGAGGAAGAGAGGAAAGCAGAGAAGAGCAAUAGCGAGGAAGAGAAGAAAUCUCUGCAGCAAAGACUGACAGAUAUUUCACAUGCUCUCGUAGAGAAAGAGAAAGAAGCUGACAGGGCCAAUCUAGAGGUGAUUUCACUAAGAGAGACUAUAGAAGAACUUAAUCAAGCCCUGAUGGAUAAACAGCAAGAAAUAGAUGAGGAGAAGAGCCGCAGUGAGGAGGAGAAGACAUAUAUGAGCAAUAGAGUGAGGGACCUUUUCCAGGCUUUAGCGGAGAAGGAAAAUGAAGCGGAGAAGACAAAGUUAGAGAUGGGAUCUCUUCGAGAGAAGACUGGAGAACUAAGACAAGUUCUUCAAGACAAGGGUCAGGAAAUUAAGGAGGAAGAAAGACAGUAUGAGGAAGAAAAGAAAGCCCUGAGGAAGAGACUGGCAGAACUUUCUUGGUCUCUGACACAGAAGGAAAAAGAUGCUGAUGAGACAAAGUUUGAGGUAAAAUCCCUGAGAGAAAAGUUAGGAGAACUUAGACAAGUGCUGGCUGAUAAGGAAGAAGAGAGAAAUACAGAGAAGAAAGAGAGCAAGGAAGAGAUUAAAUCUCUGCAGCAAAGACUGACAGAUGUUUCACAUGCUCUUGUAGAGAAAGAGAAAGAAGCUGACAGGACCAACCUAGAGAUGAUUUCACUAAGAGAGACUAUAGAAGAACUUAAUCAAGCCCUGAUGGAUAAACAGCAAGAAAUAGAUGAGGAGAAGAGCCGCAGUGAGGAAGAGAAGACAUCUAUGAGCAAUAGAGUGAGGGACCUUUCCCAGGCUUUAGCAGAGAAGGAACAUGAAGCGGAGAAGACAAAGUUAGAGAUGGAAUUUCUUAGAGAGAAGAUCAGAGAACUACAGAGACUAGUUCUGACAGACAAGGAGAAAGAGGUAAAGGGGAAAGAAUGUGAUGGCGAGGAAGAAAAAACAGCCUUAAUCCAGAGAGUGACAGAACUUUCACUUGCUCUAGAGGAAAGAAAAAAGGAAGCAGAUGAUGCUGGUAGGCAGAUACAAUCUCUGAGACAUAUUAUAGGAGAACUUCAGCAUGCUCUGGCAGAUAAGGAAAAAGAGAUUGAGGAGCAAAGACAGAAUGAGAAUGAGGAAACUAUAUCUCAGAUGAAGCAAGAGACAGAGCCUUUACAUAUCGUGGAGACAAAGGAGAAUGUUCUAAUGGAGGUUGAGGUUACAGCUUCUGCCUGGGGGAUGCAGAAGGACAUAGAAGAUUUGGUGGUUGGGAACAUGAAGGUACAUAGAGAAGAAGUUAUGAAAGAACGAGGAAGGCUGGAGGUUGAGCAAGGAGCUGCAAAAACAUUUGCAGAGAUCAGACAGGAGAGGGAACAGGAAGAGGCUAGAGGAGGCACACAAUUACAGAGUGGGGAUAUAGGACAACGGGAAGACUGGCACAGGAACCUCGCCUUCCAGAACAGCAACAUUCAGCACACGGAGGAGGAGGAAGCCGGAGUGCAGGAGCUUUGGAUAGAAUUGAAAGCUCUUUAUAAUGAGAGAGAUGAAGCCAAGAAGAGGGAGGAGAUCUUGAAGAGGAGGCUAGACAAAGCAUUAACUGCACUAAGACGGAUGGAGGCUGAGGAAAUUGCUUGGAGACAGAAGUCUCAUGAAUUACAGUUCGGAAAGAAAGUUAACAAGGAUUACACGCCUGUGUACUCUGCGGGCGCAAAGAGCGGAGAUCACUUACAGCGGAGGCUGGAGGUCCUGCAAGAGGCGGUGGCGAGGCUGGAGAAUGACAAGCUGCAUCUGAGCGAGACCUUACAGGAAGUGGAGAGCGACAGGAGGAGUCUCCGUAGAGAGCUGCGCAAGCUGACGGCCGCAUCCUCACAGCGCUCACAGGAGGCCAAUCAUAAGAGGAGCGACGGCAAUUCUUCUGCAUCACUGCUACAUGUGCGAGAGCUACAGAGGCAGGUCUCUCUCCUGAAAGCACAGCUUGCAGCUGAGCGUGAUCACCGCUCCCGGUAUAUACAGCGUUGUUCACGCACCACUGAUGACCUUAUGAGCCUAAGACACAAUCUAACUCGUUCUCUGGACGCUGUGACCUCUGACACUCGACCUCAGGUACUAGAAAGAGAAGCCAUUCGACUGGAUGACACGCUGAACCGCAGCCUUGGGCUCCCCACUACCUAACUUUGUGCCGGCAGGGAAUGGGCCGUCAUUGGAUUACAGAACUCACAGGAGGGCAGAGUGUUUCAGGAUCUCUUCUUUAUGUUUACAUUCAUCAUUACCAGUUGUACUUGGAGAGCGCUGUGAGGAAUGAGCUCCAGAGUAUAGGGUGCUGUUGUGAUGACAAAACUUUGUGUCUGGUACAGGUUCCAGUGAAUGUCUGUUACCUGGUUCCGCUAUAGUAUGAGAUCAGUGUGUGUUCCUAGUGUAGUAGCAGGAUGGAUUGUGUGUUACAGGAUCAGGUUCCAGUAACAGCUCCUUGUGAGGUUAUAGGUUAGUGUAUGGGUGAUACUGGGUCAGGCUGUGGUGACAGAUUAGUGUAUGGGUGAUACAAGGUCAGGCUGUGGUGACAGAUUAGUGUAUGGGUGAUACAGGGUCAGGCUGUGGUGACAGAUUAGUGUAUGGGUGAUACAGGGUCAGGCUGUGGUGACAGAUUAGUGUAUGGGUGAUACAGGGUCAGACUGAGGUGACAGAUUAGUGUAUGGGUGAUACAAGGUCAGGCUGUGGUGACAGAUUAGUGUAUGGGUGACACGGGAUCAGGCUGUGGUGACAGAUUAGUGUAUGGGUGACACGGGAUCAGGCUGUGGUGACAGAUUAGUGUACGGGUGACAUGGGAUCAGGCUGUGGUGACAGAUUAGUGUACGGGUGAUACAGGGUCAGGCUGUGGUGACAGAUUAGUGUAUGGGUGAUACUGGGUCAGGCUGUGGUGACAGAUUAGUGUACGGGUGACAUGGGAUCAGGCUGUGGUGACAGAUUAGUGUAUAGGUGAUACAGGGUCAGGCUGUGGUGACAGAUUAGUGUAUGGGUGAUACUGGGUCAGGCUGUGGUGACAGAUUAGUGUAUGGGUGACACGGGAUCAGGCUGUGGUGACAGAUUAGUGUAUGGGUGACACAGGGUUGGGCAGUGGUGACAGAUUAGUGUAUGGGUGAUACAGGGUCAGACUGUGGUGACAGAUUAGUGUAUGGGUGACAUGGGAUCAGGCUGUGGUGACAGAUUAGUGUAUGGGUGACACGGGAUCAGGCUGUGGUGACAGAUUAGUGUAUGGGUGACACAGGGUUGGGCAGUGGUGACAGAUUAGUGUAUGGGUGAUACAGGGUCAGGCUGUGAUGUCAGAUUAGUGUAUGGGUGACAUGGGAUCAGGCUGUGGUGACAGAUUAGUGUAUGGGUGACAAGGGAUCAGGCUGUGGUGACAGAUUAGUGUAUGCGUGACACAGGGUCAGGCUGUGGUGACAGAUUAGUGUAUGGGUGACACGGGAUCAGGCUAUGGUGACAGAUUAGUGUAUGGGUGAUACAGGGUCAGGCUGUGGUGACAGAUUAGUGUAUGGGUGAUACAGGGUCAGGCUGUGGUGACAGAUUAGUGUAUGGGUGAUACAGGGUCAGGCUGUGGUGACAGAUUAGUGUAUGCGUGAUACAGGAUCAGGCUGUGGUGACAGAUUAGUGUAUGGGUGAUACAGGGUCAGGCUGUGGUGACAGAUUAGUGUAUGGGUGAUACAGGGUCAGACUGAGGUGACAGAUUAGUGUAUGGGUGAUACAGGGUCAGACUGAGGUGACAGAUUAGUGUAUGGGUGACACAGUGUCAGGCUGUGGUGACAGAUUAGUGUAUGGGUGACAUGGGAUCAGGCUGUGGUGACAGAUUAGUGUAUGGGUGAUACAGGGUCGGGCUGUGGUGACAGAUUAGUGUAUGGGUGACACAGGGUUGGGCAGUGGUGACAGAUUAGUGUAUGGGUGAUACAGGGUCGGGCAGUGGUGACAGAUUAGUGUAUGGGUGACAUAGGAUCAGCCUGUGGUGACAGAUUCGUGUAUGGGUGAUACAGGGUCAGGCUGUGGUGACAGAUUAGUGUAUGGGUGAUACAGGAUCAGCCUGUGGUGACAGAUUAGUGUAUGCGUGAUACAGGGUCAGGCUGUGGUGACAGAUUAGUGUAUGGGUGAUACAGGGUCAGGCUGUGGUGACAGAUUAGUGUAUGGGUGACAUGGGAUCAGGCUGUGGUGGCAGAUUAGUGUACGGGUGACAUGGAAUCAGGCUGUGGUGACAGAUUAGUGUACGGGUGACAUGGAAUCAGGCUGUGGUGACAGAUUAGUGUAUGGGUGAUACAGGAUCAGGCUGAGGUGACAGAUUAGUGUAUGGGUGAUACAAGGUCAGGCUGUGGUGACAGAUUAGUGUAUGGGUGAUACAGGGUCAGGCUGUGGUGACAGAUUAGUGUAUGGGUGACACGGUGUCAGGCUGUGGUGACAGAUUAGUGUAUGGGUGAUACAGGGUCAGGCUGUGGUGACAGAUUAGUGUAUGGGUGACAUGGAAUCAGGCUGUGGUGACAGAUUAGUGUAUAGGUGAUACAGGGUCAGGCUGAGGUGACAGAUUAGUGUAUGGGUGACACGGGAUCAGGCUAUGGUGACAGAUUAGUGUAUGGGUGACACGGGAUCAGGCUAUGGUGACAGAUUAGUGUAUGGGUGACACGGGAUCAGGCUAUGGUGACAGAUUAGUGUAUGGGUGAUACAGGGUCAGGCUGUGGUGACAGAUUAGUGUAUGGGUGAUACAGGGUCAGGCUGAGGUGACAGAUUAGUGUAUGGGUGAUACAGGGUCAGGCUGUGGUGACAGAUUAGUGUAUGCGUGAUACAGGGUCAGACUGUGGUGACAGAUUAGUGUAUGGGUGACAUGGAAUCAGGCUGUGGUGACAGAUUAGUGUAUGGGUGACAUGGAAUCGGGCUGAGGUGACCGAUUAGUGUAUGGGUGAUACAGGGUCAGGCUGUGGUGACAGAUUAGUGUAUGGGUGACACGGGAUCAGGCUAUGGUGACAGAUUAGUGUAUGGGUGACACGGGAUCAGGCUAUGGUGACAGAUUAGUGUAUGGGUGAUACAGGGUCAGGCUGAGGUGACAGAUUAGUGUAUGGGUGAUACAGGGUCAGGCUGUGGUGACAGAUUAGUGUAUGGGUGACAUGGGAUCAGGCUGUGGUGACAGAUUAGUGUAUGGGUGAUACAGGGUCGGGCUGUGGUGACAGAUUAGUGUAUGGGUGACACAGGGUUGGGCAGUGGUGACAGAUUAGUGUAUGGGUGAUACAGGGUCGGGCAGUGGUGACAGAUUAGUGUAUGGGUGACAUAGGAUCAGCCUGUGGUGACAGAUUCGUGUAUGGGUGAUACAGGGUCAGGCUGUGGUGACAGAUUAGUGUAUGGGUGAUACAGGAUCAGCCUGUGGUGACAGAUUAGUGUAUGCGUGAUACAGGGUCAGGCUGUGGUGACAGAUUAGUGUAUGGGUGAUACAGGGUCAGGCUGUGGUGACAGAUUAGUGUAUGGGUGACAUGGGAUCAGGCUGUGGUGGCAGAUUAGUGUAUAGGUGAUACAGGGUCAGGCUGAGGUGACAGAUUAGUGUAUAGGUGAUACAGGGUCAGGCUGUGGUGACAGAUUAGUGUAUGGGUGACAUGGGAUCAGGCUGUGGUGGCAGAUUAGUGUAUAGGUGAUACAGGGUCAGGCUGAGGUGACAGAUUAGUGUAUGGGUGACAUAGGAUCAGCCUGUGGUGACAGAUUAGUGUAUAGGUGAUACAGGGUCAGGCUGAGGUGACAGAUUAGUGUAUGGGUGACACGGGAUCAGGCUGUGGUGACAGAUUAGUGUAUAGGUGAUACAGGGUCAGGCUGAGGUGACAGAUUAGUGUAUGGGUGACACAGGGUUGGGCAGUGGUGACAGAUUAGUGUAUGGGUGAUACAGGGUCAGGCUGUGGUGACAGAUUAGUGUAUGGGUGAUACGGGAUCAGGCUGUGGUGGUAGAUUAGUGUAUGGGUGAUACAGGGUCAGGCUGUGGUGACAGAUUAGUGUAUGGGUGAUACGGGAUCAGGCUGUGGUGGUAGAUUAGUGUAUGGGUGAUACAGGGUCAGGCUGUGGUGACAGAUUAGUGUAUGGGUGACAUGGGAUCAGGCUGCGGUGACAGAUUAGUGUAUGGGUGACACAGGGUUGGGCAGUGGUGACAGAUUAGUGUAUGGGUGAUACUGGGUCAGGCUGCGGUGACAGAUUAGUGUAUGGGUGAUACAGGGUUGGGCUGUGGUGACAGAUUAGUGUAUGGGUGAUACAGGGUCAGGCUGUGGUGACAGAUUAGUGUAUGGGUGAUACAGGGUCAGGCUGUGGUGACAGAUUAGUGUAUGGGUGAUACGGGAUCAGCCUGUGGUGACAGAUUAGUGUAUGGGUGAUACGGGAUCAGCCUGUGGUGACAGAUUAGUGUAUGAGUGACACAGGGUCGGGCAGUGGUGUCAGAUUAGUGUAUGGGUGACACAGGGUCAGGCAGUGGUGUCAGAUUAGUGUAUGGGUGACACAGGGUCAGGCAGUGGUGUCAGAUUAGUGUAUGGGUGAUACAGGGUCAGGCUGUGGUGACAGAUUAGUGUAUGGGUGAUACAGGGUCAGGCUGUGGUGACAGAUUAGUGUAUGGGUGACAUAGGAUCAGGCUGUGGUGACAGAUUAGUGUAUGGGUGACACAGGGUCAGGCAGUGGUGUCAGAUUAGUGUAUGGGUGAUACAGGGUCAGGCUGUGGUGACAGAUUAGUGUAUGGGUGAUACAGGGUCAGGCUGAGGUGACAGAUUAGUGUAUGGGUGAUACAGGGUCAGGCUGAGGUGACAGAUUAGUGUAUGGGUGAUACAGGGUCAGGCUGUGGUGACAGAUUAGUGUAUGGGUGAUACAGGGUCAGGCUGUGGUGACAGAUUAGUGUAUGGGUGAUACAGGGUCAGGCUGUGGUGACAGAUUAGUGUAUGGGUGAUACAGGGUCAGGCUGAGGUGACAGAUUAGUGUAUGGGUGAUACAGGGUCAGGCUGAGGUGACAGAUUAGUGUAUGGGUGAUACAGGGUCAGGCUGUGGUGGUAGAUUAGUGUAUGGGUGACAUGGGAUCAGGCUGUGGUGACAGAUUAGUGUAUGGGUGACACAGGGUCGGGCAGUGGUGUCAGAUUAGUGUAUGGGUGACACGGGCACAAUUGCAGUCAGAUCACUGUGUGUUGUGUGAUAGAAGGUUAGGUUGUGUCUUGAGGUCAGUGUUGCUACAGGGUUAUAUAACUGGUCUGUGAUAAAGCAUUAGAUAGUGAAUCGGUGCAGGGUCUGGCUGAGAUGAGGUAUCGGUGAGUUUGUAGUACAGGUGUAUAGGAUACGAUCCCACUUGUAUGGUGCAUUAGGUAAAUCUAACCUGUACCCUAGCUUUUCUUGCUAGAUUUCAUACACACUGACAUCCGAUAUAUCAUGACUGUAAAAUACAACUUGCUACAGAGUGUAUCUAACCUGCAAGUAAGGAUGUGGUACAGGUUGUAUUUAUAAUACCUUUUAGGGGGUAAAAGUGCACGCCCAUGACGUGGCGGCAUCACCUUGUGGUACACGGUCAGGUUGCUGUUACCAGUAUGUUAGAUGAAUUUUAUUUUAUACAGUUAUUUUAUAUAUAGAUAUUUAUUUAUAUUUUUUUAACAAAAACAGUAUUAUGUACAUAAUUUUUAUAUUGUAUUUAACACUGUGACACAGGCAGUACGAUAACCUCCUCCCAGAGAGGAGGCCGCAGUAAACAUGUGGCGUAAUCUGUACAUGUAUCUGUGCCCAUAUGUUCUGUAUGAUGGAUGAUAUAUA